AUGGUCACCCUUCCAACUCACUUGAGAAAACCUCAUUUAUUUCCCAAACUCCCUCUUCCCUUAAGAGAUUGCAUAGAAGCAUAUUCAGCAGAACUUAAAAACCUUGCCAUGAAAUUACUUGAGUUUAUGGCGAAAGCACUAAAUAUGAAAGGUGAAGAAAUGAGGGAGUUAUUUGAGGAAGGGAUGCAAUCCAUGAGGAUGAACUAUUAUCCUCCAUGCCCACAACCGGAGCUUGUCAUCGGACUGACCCCUCAUUCGGAUGUGGUCGGACUCACUAUCCUCCUUCAGAUCAAUGAAAUGGAAGGGUUGCAAAUCAAGAAAGAUGGAAUGUGGAUUCCUCUUAAACCUCUUCCAAAUGCUUUUAUUGUUAACAUUGGAGACAUGCUAGAGAUGGUGACAAAUGGAAUAUACAAGAGCAUAGAGCACAGAGCAACAGUUGACUCUGAGAAAGAGAGACUCUCCAUCGCCACAUUUCUCGGUGCAAAUUUGGAACUAGAUGUGGGUUCGGCUCCCAGCCUCAUCACUCCUCAAACUCCUGCUAUAUUCCGGCGAGUCAAUGUUACCGAUUACUUAAAGCUUUCCUUGCUCGUGAACUCCAGGGAAAGUCAUGUAUUGAUGUCAUGAGGAUUCAAAAUGAAGAAGAUGACGUCCAAACCAAUUCACAACUAUCAACUACCUAAGCCACCUAUAUAUGGAUUGUGAAAACCUUCUAUUCAAAUAAAUUAAAGCUUUUCGCUUAGUGAUUUUUUAGUACUACUGUGUGGUGUGAAAUUAUCACUUAAAUUUCGUUAUAUGAAAUAACGAGGUCAACUCCUAUGACAGAAAUUUGAUA